AAAAAACUUACCAUACUGAUGUAGAAUUUGGAUCCAAACAUUUGAAUUCUUAGUUGUAUAUAGUUAAAUUAUGUUAAGGUUGACACCUUUUCUCGGUUGUAUAUAGUUAAAUUAUGUUCGGGUUGACACCUUUUCUCGAUUAAUGAUCCAACUUCUUACCUCCAUGCUCAUGCACAUAUAUACUCGUAUCCUAAUUAAUAGGAAAAUUUUGAGACGUAAUUAAAUGAUAUCUUAUCUUAUUUCAUCAAUCUCACACUUUUCUUCAUAGAAAACUUCCAAGUUCGUAGUUGGAGUUCAUAUGGGGUGUUAUUCAAACUUGAAGCUAGAGAUUAUUGGGGCGAGUUAGAAAAAGAAAAAUACCUGCACGCUUCCGACGACGACGACGACGGUCGUGUGGCAAACUCUUGUUUCUUCUCCUUUUCUUUUCUCUUCUCUUCCUUCUGUAGGGAACUGCAAAAAGAGAGAAAGAUUAUGGUUUAAUAUGUGUUCUUUUUUAAGAUUCUCACUACCUACUCCAUGAUUGAUUGCUGAUGUUUGACCAUAAAGUCUCUCUCUCUCUCUCUCUCUCUCUCUCUCUCUCUCUCUCUAAAGCUUCUGGAAGUAUGAUUAUUGAUGGAGUAUGGAAAUGACAAAGAACAUGUCACUUCAACUUCCAAAAAGUGGUCCUCUCUCAAUUCAUAGUUUCACCACUCACCACCUUCCCUUGCCCUACACCACAUUCCACUUUUCUCUCUCCCUUUUAUCUUUUGGCUCAAACCAGACUCGACUCUUCCCCAGAAAACUAAACACAAUUUCCCCUCUGGUUUUAAAUAACAUCACUGCACCAUGUCAACUGGAUCAGCUACUACCUGGACUAAAGAAGAAGAUAAAGCGUUUGAAAACGCCAUAGCCACGCAUUGGGCUGGAGAAUUGGAAGGGAAUAAGGCCUCAGAAGAGAUGUGGGAAAACAUUGCUUCAAUGGUUCCAACCAAGAACAUGGAAGACUUGAAGCAGCACUACCAAAUGCUGGUGGAAGACGUCGGUGCUAUUGAGUCCGGCCAAAUUCCUAUUCCCAACUAUGAUUCUGUUGCAGAAGAAGCAACUAAAGCCUCUACCAAGGCGAAGGAUCAUCGUCUUCAUCCUCAUGGAGCUACUGGUUCUGAUAGUAAUAAAAUACCCAAUUCUGGUCUUGGAAGUGGGUUUUCUGGGCUCUCCCACGAUUCAUCUGCCCAUGCCACAAAGGGUGGAUCCAGGUCUGAACAAGAAAGAAAGAAAGGGAUCCCAUGGACAGAGGAAGAACACAGGUUAUUUCUACUGGGGCUAGACAAGUUUGGGAAAGGGGAUUGGAGAAGCAUUUCAAGAAACUUCGUUAUAUCCAGGACACCGACACAAGUGGCCAGUCAUGCACAGAAAUACUUCAUACGAUUGAACUCAAUGAACAGAGAUAGAAGAAGAUCAAGUAUUCAUGAUAUAACCUCAGUUAAUAAUGCCGGUGGUGACGUCAUGUCCCAUCAAUCUCCGAUCACCGGCCACCAGACAAAUGACCCUAACCAGAGUAAUCCGCCGGCUUUGGGGCCACCAGGGAAGCACGGGCCUCAGCAGCAUCUGCCUGGAAUCGGCAUGUACGGGGCACCUGUUGGACAUCCAGUGGCGGCUCGUCCAGGGCACAUGGCGUCGGCGGUUGGCACUCCAGUGAUGCUUCCUCAUGGAAUCCAUCCCCACCCUCCUUAUGUCAUGCCACUUGCUUAUCCAAUGGCACCUCCACCAUUGCAUCAAUGAUGAUUCUUUUUUCCUUUUUCUAGUCA